UCAAUCCCUGAGUCCCGGCCAGUAAUUACUCGCCCGGUGAUUUCCAAAGAUCUCCGACGGGGAGGAGAACUGUUUUGUCCACUAACAGUUCUCCUCCCUGUCAGCUCGGGCACACUGCUUUGGAUGGCUGUUGUGAUUACAAUGAAGCACACAGACACCGCCCCAUAGUAAAACACUCCCUGCACACAGUUAUCCCUUUGAUCGCCCCUCAUGUUAACCCCUUCCUGCCCAGUGCCAUUAGUACAGUAUCAGUGCUUUUUUUUUUUUAUAGCACUGAUCACUGUAUUGGUGUCACUGGGGAUGUCAUUGACACCAAGUCAGUUUCCCCCAGUGUCAGAAUGUCCGCCGCAGUCCCACUAUAAGUCGCUG